AUCAUAGAUACCCAUAAUGACUGCUCUAUACCUAUUUCCCAAGCGCCAUGACUGAUCGCGAAACAUGUCUGGCAAUUCAUCUGCUUCCGAUAUCAUCACCUAUGUCGGUGUGCCCCUCGCCGUCCUCGGAGUUGCCCCUAUUCUCUACAACACCGUGAUAACGCUAGCAACAUUGUCCAAGGUUAGACGACUACUACGAAAGUCCCGUCUGGUGGGCAUAACAAGAGGCGAUGUGGUAAAUCAUGUCAUUGAGUGCGAGCUUGCGCGCUUCAGUAUAGCGCCCCUGAAUCGCCAGUAUGAUACAGAGGAGUACUGGAAUGUCUACGAACACCCCAGCCUCGUCCCUGGCGGCAGCUGGACGAUAUUCAACUGGAAGAUGCAUGCCAUUGGCAUCAAAACCCAGCGAAUCGAAUAUUCAGACCAACUGCGUCAGCCACAGGCUGAAAUCAACUUCGAGGACCUGCUGAGCUAUCUGCUUGACCUAGGGGCGGUUCCAAAUGCUGCGGGGUUUCAGAUGCUUAGGACUUCUGGGUUAUGGGUUCCGAUUGGGACUCCUUUGAUGCUAUCCCCGGAUCGCCAUGAAGCUGUGCUAACGAUUGCUCCUUUGGAUGACUCGGAUGGAAUGCUCUCGUUGGCGGUUAGGUGGUCGCGACAGUGGGUUGUGAGAGGGAAGACAUCGCUCCCACCAUACUGGAUACAAGUUAAGGCCCCACGGGCGAAGGCACACCCCGUGGAAGAUGGGGAAGGGAGCAUGUCCGAAGAUGGAUUGUCAGCUACCACAAAGGCGCCUGCUGAUCAGGAAGAUCUGGAGCUCCCACAAGCUAUAUCAGGAGACUUGAUUCCUGGCGACAAUAAAGAUUUAGAAGCUGUGAAGAGGUACAGUAGUAAUACGGUGUCACAUACUGACGUGGUUCGGUGCCACAUAAUAUCAAGUGGCAUCGCCGCCGCCUUAAGAGAAGAAGCCUUGGAUUUCGAGUCUCUUUCCAUAUCUCAUUUACGCCCUUCCUCGUCAGGGCCACCUACAAGCGCCGGCACAUACUUCUCAUGCAUCAGCACCGCCAUCAGCACUACAAACAAUACCGUCCUGUGGUCCUACCACAUCCCCCCUCCAUUCCUAGCAUUCUCUCGAAGCCCCAUUAUCCCCUGCGGCAUCCUCGUCCUGCUGGGAAUGGUUCCCAUAAUCUCAACUCCCGAAUGGUACACCGACCAUAGCGAUUCCGUCGCUGAAGAGCGAGACCUGCAAAUGCGCCGAAUGCGCGAUAACAUGGCUGCAAUGCGGCAAGAAAGCUCAAUGACCCCCGAUAAACGCGCCAUUGCCGUACGAGACAGGCAAUUCAAGCAACACCAGGACUUUGUGGAUGAUAGCAACCAGAGGCGCCGACUUGCAGUACAGCGCGAGGAAACGAGGAUGCUUGAAGCGCUGCAGAGCCCGCAGUGGAAGGCGCUGCUGGUUGGUGAACAUACCCUUCGUUGGCUCAAGGAGCAGAACCAUGUUGCCGAGAAAGCGGAGCUUCCGGAGGUUAUGGAGGUUGUGCUGCAUAGGAUGCUCACCGAGCCAGACUUUUCGAAUGGUUUGGCUGAGGUAUUGGAUGCGUGGAGAGGGUGGGUGGAGGGAGGUGGGAUACGCAAAGCGGAUUAUCUGAUGCUCAAGGAGAAGCUGGUUGUGUUUGCUUUUGCGAGCUUGGUGCUGGCUAUGGUUUAUGGUUCCGUGGAACCGAUAGACGGCUCGUUGUCGAAAGAUCUACAGGAGUCAAUUGGGAUCUGGAAGAAGGUUAGGCUUGGUUGAUGGGGCGAGAUAUAUGUUCUGGAUAGCUGCUGUGAUACCAAUUAUAUAUUAAUAUCUGCUUGAAGCUGAGGCUGAAAGUUUGCCGCAGUACUAUCUCCCCAGCAUUUUUCGCCAUGGGAUUGUCUGCCUUGGCUCUUAAGUAGCAUUUAGCUAUGAUUGGAUUUCGCACAUGAAGAGAUAAGUGUAAUCGGUCUCCCCACGACUUGGCUGCUUAGAUACUAUAGACCGUAAAGUGCCGCAUUCGAUACUGGUUUAUGUCUACGUUCACAUGACGAGACAGCAAUACAGUCAAGAUUGUUCGCCCGUUUGAAUUUCCUCAACAGUUUUAUCGCAGAGGUCGAUCGCUCCCAUGCCAUCCAUUCAUCCUGCUUCGAACCCAUAUCUUCUUCAAGUCGUGGCUCAAGGCCACGUUCUCAAUGAAAAAUAAUAAGCAGUAUGCCAGAUGUUCAUGUUUUCACUAUCGAGAG